AGGAUUCCAAACAAGUUUGCACCGAGAUUGCUAGUGUGCUGAUCAAGUUACCGGAGUUCCUUAAAAUCACUAACCCUAACAUCCCACCGGAAAACUGCAAUCGGAGAGUCUACCGUUACAAUGGUGGCGACGGAUUUGAAGUCGGAGGUGAAGAAACUGAUGGAGAAAAGAAGCGCAUUGGAGGCGGAGAUGAACGUCAUCAUCGAGCGUCUUUGUCAGCCAGGCGGCCCUGGACUUUCCGGCAAUCUCGUCGACUCCGAGGGGUUUCCAAGGUCUGACAUCGACAUUCCAGUAGUGCGAGCUGACCGACAUAGACUAGCAGGUCUGAGGAAUGACCACAAGGACAUCACAGAGAAAAUAAGCAAAAAUAUCGAACUGCUUCAUUCAUCAAGCUCUCCUAAAUCUUCCACUGUUAUGGGCUCAGGUUCCAAUAGCCAAGGUGUGGCGGAUAUAAGUUCAUCCAUAAGUGUCAUGGAUGUGAAUGUGAGCAGCAGGCCAUUUGCAAUGGUGGAUGAAAUAAGUGAGGAAUCACCAGCGGCAGAGGAUGGAUUACAACUUGGAGAUCAAAUUGUGAAAUUUGGAAAUGUUGAAUAUGGUGAUAGUUUGCUACCAAAGCUUGCAUCCGAAGCACAAAAGAAUCAAGGGCUUCCUGUUCCCAUGCUAGUUAUGAGGCAAGGUGCUUUGAUAAACCUCACUGUCACACCUAGAACUUGGCGAGGCCGUGGCUUGCUCGGAUGUAAUUUCCGGAUCUUGUGAUGUGUUCUUCCAGUAUUGUUAAAACAUAACGUAUGUUUUCAUAUACUUGUGUAUACUGUUUUUGUCGGUGCAACAAUGUUGAAAGAGUUUCUAGACUUUAUUGCUAUUAGUUUACUCAAUGGUUGCUAUAGUAUCAUUGCUCGCUAUCGGGUGUGUAUGCAACAUUGGUUUGUAUGGUACAAGCUGUUUAUGCAUGCGUUAUUAAUAUUUCUUUUCUACA